UGAGCUGGGCAGGGCGCUGUUUGCUGCUGCUUGCUCGUCCCAGGACCAAGUCUUAAUAGCAACUUCCCUCCCUCGGCUGCUUAAGCUUUUUUUUUCCCCCCUGUGACUGGAAAGAAGUGUCACAUUUUGCUCACUCACAACCCCGCUCCCCCACCCUCUCCCAGAGGCAGCGUGUGCAUGUGGAGGGGGUGCUGGGAGCCACCUCCAGCCUUGGGUGACUGCAGUGAGAAACUUUCAGCUCCUCUCAUUGUCCCACUAUGAAGCUCCUCGGGAAGCCCAGGAGCCGGACAGCAGCUCUUCUGCCUCUUUGCUUGCUCUUUUUGAAGAUUCUGCAACCAGGGCACGGCCACCUUUACAGCAACCGCUAUGCCGGUGAUAAGGUGAUAAGACUUAUUCCCAACACAGAAGAGGAAGCAUAUGCACUGAAGAAAAUAUGCCACAAGCUUAAGGUGGACCUGUGGCAGCCCGGCAGUAUCUUCUAUGUAUCCGAGGGAACAGUCACUGAUGUCCAUAUUCCCCACAAUGGUUCCCAAGCCUUGCUAGCCUUCCUACAGGAAACCAACAUCCAAUACAAGAUCCUCAUAGAAGAUCUUCAGAAAGCACUGGAAGAGGGAAGCAGUUUGCCCACCCAGAGAAGUCGGAGAUCCCUCUCUGGAUAUAAUUAUGAAGUUUAUCACUCCUUAGAAGAAAUUCAACAUUGGAUGCAUCAUCUGAAUAAAACUCAUUCAGGCCUCAUUCACAUGUUCUCUAUUGGGAACUCAUAUGAGGGAAGAUCUCUCUUUGUUUUAAAGCUGGGCAGAAGAUCACGAGCUUACAAAAGAGCUGUCUGGAUAGACUGCGGUAUUCAUGCAAGAGAAUGGAUUGGUCCUGCCUUUUGUCAGUGGUUUGUAAAAGAAGCUCUUCUAACAUAUAAGAGUGACCCAACCAUGAGAAAAAUGUUGACUCAUCUGUAUUUCUAUAUCAUGCCUGUGUUUAACGUUGAUGGAUAUCAUUUUAGCUGGACCAAUGAUAGAUUCUGGAGAAAAACAAGGUCAAGGAACUCGAGGUUUCGCUGCCGUGGGGUGGAUGCCAAUCGUAACUGGAGGGUGAAAUGGUGCGAAGAAGGAGCUUCUACAUACCCCUGUGAUGACACAUACUGCGGACCCUUCCCAGAAUCUGAACCGGAAGUGAAAGCUGUAGCUAACUUCCUCCGGAAACACCGGAAGCACAUCAGGGCUUACCUCUCUUUUCACGCAUAUGCUCAGAUGUUGCUGUAUCCCUAUUCCUACAAAUAUGCAACAAUCCCCAACUUCAGCUGCGUGGAAUCUGCCGCUUAUAAAGCUGUGAAUGCACUCCGGUCGGUACAUGGGGUACAGUAUAGAUAUGGACCUGCCUCCAGCACGUUGUAUGUGAGCUCUGGUAGCUCAAUGGAUUGGGCCUACAAAAAUGGAAUACCCUACACAUUUGCUUUUGAACUACGUGACACCGGGCAUUUUGGAUUUUUACUCCCAGAGAUGCUUAUCAAACCCACCUGCACAGAGACCAUGCUGGCUGUGAAGAACAUCACAAUGCAUCUACUGAAGAAGUGUCCCUGAGACGGCCCAAGGGUCAGGUUAACUGCCAGAGGGAGCGGAUUCUGCCCAAGAGCUGCUUGCCAGUGGGUGGAAAUUGUUUUUAAAGAGAGGGUUGACCGCUUAGAGUGAACUUAUCUGUGGACUUUAAAAGGACCCUCUCAUGCAAUCCCACUCUAUGGCAAUAAAAAAAAAAAAUGGCGGUAAAAAAGAAAUUAGAGUAUAACCUAGUCUGUUGUAAGAAAAGGUAUCCACUUUCUCUCCCUUUAGCGUUAUUUAAGGGGGGAGGGGAUAUUUUCAAACCCUUUUGUCUCAAGAAAUGUACAAAUUGAGGAUUCCAUGUCAAUAAAUCUCACG